GGCACCUCCAUGAUGAGACACUGAGAGCUGAGUCUUCUCAUCAAAAUCACAUCAACCCACGUGGCCGCCCCUCCCUUUGUUUCCUCUCACGUGCGGUUCACUUCAUUUCCUUCCAUUCACCCAUGACCCAUCCACUCCCUCUCACGUGCCCACCUCCCUCUCUCUCCCCAAUCCUCUCUUCUCUGUAAAAAGUCUGCAACUUUUCUCAAGCACUUUAACCCCAUUGGAGGAGAACAGAGAAGCAGACGCUCCUUCCCUGUCUCUCUCUCUCUCUCUAAAUCUUUUCUUCUUUUAUAAAAGACAAUACUAGCAAAUCCCAACUCUUAUACAACAUUGCAGUCCCCUUUGCAUGCACAAAACCAGCAUACCCACCUCUCCAUCAAUCCACAUCUUACCGCGGUAGUAGCCUUCAGAGAGAGAGAGAGAGGGGGACAGAGAGAGAGAGAGAUGGAAAAUGGCGGGAGCUUAUUCACAAACAGCAGCUGUACGGCCAGAGGGCAAAUUGGUAAUAGUGGGAACCACCACCUUCCCAGUACCACAGCCACCACCUGGGGUCUCUGGGAGCUUGGAACAUCUCCUUGGACUACUACGCCUAAUGCUAACACAUUUCACCAAGCUGCCGCCGCAACGGCCACAACCACCACGGCGCCCCCAGAAGCGGGUGGAUUCCACGCGCUCGUGUACGACCCCGAAGACAACAAUGCUCACCACCACCACCGCCACCAGGUACAUCACCUCCAGCUCCGCCAACCGCCGUCUCUCUACGGCGGCGUAGGGUCCAGCCUCCACCCCGAUCCCCACCUCAUGUGCUUGAAACUUGGCAAGAGGCACUACUUCGAGGACGCUACCUCGCCGGCCGACCGCCACGUAGCAUCGGGGUUAUCCGUAGGCAAGAGGGGUAGAGCCGCGUACAUAGACGGCGGCGGCGACGCCGUGAGAGCGUCUCGGUCGCCGGUUACGGUUGCGUCGGCGGCCACCGUGCCGAGGUGUCAGGUGGAGGGCUGCCACGUGGCGCUGGUGAACGCGAAGGAGUAUCACCGGCGGCACAAGGUGUGCGAGAUGCACUCGAAGGCACCCAAAGUGGUGGUGCUUGGAUCAGAGCAGAGGUUCUGUCAACAGUGUAGCAGGUUCCAUGCAGUGUCGGAGUUCGACGACUCAAAGAGGAGUUGCAGGAGGAGAUUAGCAGGGCACAACGAGCGAAGAAGAAAAAGCACCCAUGACCAUUCUUCCUCAAUUUCCAGGAACAACCAUUCUUCUCUAGACAAUAAGUUGGUGAUGGCUGGGAGAUAUGCGUACUUUUCGCCGACGACAGGACGUGCUCUCUCUCUUCUGUCAUCUAAGACUGAUUCUAAUUGGGUUUCUCAGGCUGAUCUCUCCUCAAGAUCCAGUGCUGCACUCCGGGAGCUCAUUGCAGAAAACCGUGCAGCCAUCCUUGCCCGGCAGCUCAUCCUCGACCAUGACUGGCACUGCCACCACCACUCAACAAUGGAGGACCUUAUAAGUACAGCAGCAGCACCAGCAACGCUCCACCUCCACCAGCACCAUGUGUUCCCUGAACUUCCAGGGGCGACCAGUUGGGACCGAUUCCAUGAACCAGGCUCAGAGCAUGUAACCCUAGACCUCAUGCAGGCUCCAAGCUCGGCAUUCAGUCUCCUGUCCAUGAGGGGAAAAUCAAAGCAGGUGGUAGAAGAGUGUUCUGAUGAGUUGUGGAGCUCCUUGGAAGGAGCUCAUGUGGUCUGAAGUUCUUUGUAUCAUCGUGCAAAUUUUUUUAAAAGAAAAGUGAGGAUGAGGACUGUUUCUCCACAAGUAUGAUUGAUUUAAUUCAGUCAUCAGUUAGAAAUUUGUAAUGAAUAAUAUGGAUGAUGUUUGUGGCCUUUGCAUGGGUCACUCACCAUUCAAUUCAACUCAUCUCCUUUCUUUCUCUGCA